AUGGGAAAAGCAAAGAACCAAGCUGCAGCCUCUGAUGCUUACCUUGAUGAAUCAACAACUUGGGAAUCAUUCAAUCUAGAUUCUAGAUUGCUUCAAGCCAUUGAUCAUUUAGGAUUCUCAAGUCCUACCUUGAUUCAAUCUAGUGCUCUUCCUUUAGCCCUUGGCGAAAAGAGAGAUAUUAUAGCUAAGGCAUCAACAGGCUCAGGUAAAACGGCAGCCUACUGCAUACCAAUAGUACAAAAUUUAUUGAACACAGACUUAACUCAAAAUGAAGUGAAGAGCAUAAUUAUGGUGCCUACUAAGGAAUUAUCGCAUCAAGUAACUCAGUUCAUUGACAAGUUGGUUAUGUUUUGUAAUAGCCAAAUCAAGUGUUUAGAUCUAUCUACGAACUUGAGUGAACAAGUCUUGAGCUCGCUUUUGGUCAACGCCCCACAAAUAAUAGUGUCAACUCCAUCAAAGCUCAUUCAGUCUUUAGAAAAGAAUGUUAAAACUAAUCUUUUAGAUUUGUCGAAAGUUUCCAGUAUUGUAAUUGAUGAAGUUGAUUUGGUUCUCUCGUUUGGUUAUGAUGAUGACUUGAGCAAAUUGGAAAAAUAUUUGCCCAAUAAACGAAACUUACAGUCCUUCUUAAUGUCAGCAACAAUCAAUGACGAUCUUGAUCUGUUGAAGCAAAAAUUUUGUUCGAAACCUGCAAUCCUUAAGUUGAACGAUGAUGCUAGCACGAAAUCAAACCUAGUUCAAUAUUACGCUAUUACAACUGAGUUCGAUAAGUUUUUAUUAGCUUAUGUGAUAUUCAAAUUGAAUUUGAUAAAAGGAAAAACAUUAGUUUUUGUGAAUAACAUUGAUCGUGGUUAUCGUUUGAAAUUGUUCUUAGAACAAUUCGGUAUAAGGAGUUGUAUUUUGAAUAGUGAAUUGCCAGUCAAUUCAAGGUUACAUGUUGUAGAAGAAUUCAAUAAGAAUGUGUACCAUUUAUUGAUUGCCACGGACGAAACUAAUACUUUUACUGUGGAAAAAGAUGAUGAUGAAGAAGAGAAAAAUUCAACUACAAAUUCCGAUGGUGGAGAAAAGGCUAAAAAAAGUGUUAAAGAUAAAGAGUAUGGUGUCAUCAGGGGAGUCGAUUUUCACAAUGUUGCGUGUGUUUUGAAUUUUGAUUUACCAGUGACUUCUAAGGCAUAUAUUCAUAGAAUUGGUAGAACCGCAAGAGCAGGAAAAUCGGGAACUGCUUUAUCUUUCAUAAUCCCAUCGAAGCUGUUUGGUAAACAUAAGGUGGCUUCUUUGAACACAGCCAAGAGAGAUGAAAAAAUAUUACAGCGCAUAAUAAAGCAACAAGCACGUAACAAUUUCGAACUUCUCCCUUAUCAAUUCGAUAUGGACCAGGUGGAAGGCUUCAGGUACAGAGCUGAAGAUGCUUUUAGAGCUGUGACUCUGACUGCUAUAAGAGAGGCUCGUGUAAGGGAGUUGAAGCAAGAGCUUGUUAAUUCAGAUAAACUAAAAAGAUUUUUCGAAGAAAAUCCAAAUGACUUAGCGACUUUGCGUCAUGAUAAAGAAUUGCAUUCUGCUCGUGUUCAAUCUCAUUUGAAAAGAGUGCCUGAUUAUCUUUUACCUGAGAGUGCAAGGUCAAACAUGAAAAAAAUCGGAUAUGUGCCUUUUCAUAAGAAUCGAAUACAUAAAAAUAGGAAAAAAAAGCCUUCAGGGAGGAAGUCAGACCCGUUAAAGUCUUUUAAGUCGAAAUAA